CUCCUGUUCCGCUUCAGCGAGGACGGGACCAGCACCACGGCCCUGGAUGUGCUCCGGAACAUCUACAAGUACCUGAUGCAUCACAGAGAACGGCGAAAGCAGAAGCAAGUGGAAGAGCGCAGAUUGGAAUUAGACGCAAGCCCCCGAGUACUCACUAUGAAGUUUGCAGUGCUCCUGUUCCCACGGGAGCGGAUGGAGAUGGUCUGCGUGCUCAUCGAGGCCAUGAAGGACUCGAGCAUCUUCGACAGGAGGGUGGCAGAGAACAUCCUGGAGCUGGUCCUGCGUGACCCCGACUUCUGGCUGCUGGAGAUACCCAGCGUGGUGAGGAGCAUCCACGAAUGCCUGCGGAACAGCAGCAUAGAAGAGAUGUGGAGGAUGGAUGAGCUCAUCACCCUCAUGGCCAUCAAGUAUCCCAGGGAAUUGAUAGUCACCAUGGUCCUCAACGUGCCCUUGAGAGAGAGCUCCGACCUGGUCAUGUGGGACAUGGUCCUGAGCAUCUCCGAGCCCAUAGAAACCCUGCAGGAGCUGCUGGGAAUGAUCCAGGCAAGGAAACUGCAGCAGCUCCUGCCCCACAUCCUGGGCAGGCUCUGGGAUGUCACAGAGAAGCUCCAGAUAAAGGGCCUGCUCAUCCUACAGAAUGUGAUGAAGCACCUCUCGAGGGAGGAGGCCAGCCCCAUUGCUGUGGGGCUGGUGCAGGACCUGCGGCCCUUCUUUGAUGCAGGAUGCGAGCGGCUCCGGGCGCUCUCCAUCCGCCUGGUCUGCUUCCUCCUGGAGAUGAUGCUUGGAUGUGACUGGAGGAGGAUACGGAGCAAGACUUGGGAUCUGCUGCUCCCUGUCUUCUUCCAUCUAAAUGACAAAAGCCACAGCGUGGUCAAGGCUUCCCGGAAAGCUCUCCUUGCUGUGGCGACGCUCCUGGGAUGGGAAGACCUCCAGCACCUAUUGGAGACCAAGCAGAUGUGGAGGGUUAUGGAAUGCUUGGUGAAGCGGAGCAGGAAGAGGAUGCAGGCAUGCCUGCACCACAGCCUGCAGUACCUGCGGGAUGCUCAGGUCCCCCUGCGAGAGGCAGCCGUCAGGUUCAUUGGAUUGGCUGCGCGGCCCCUAAGAGGGGAAAGCUCCGGGACACUGGAGGAGAUCUGCAGAGCCCUGGAAAUGCUGAUGGAAGAGGCCGAUCCCGAACUCCGUUCCCUGACGGCUCAGACCCUGCUCAUCCUCCGGAGCACACCGGAGCAGCAGAACCUGGGAUGCAGCCUGUGGGCGCUCUGGUGCUGGGAACGGCGCAGUUUUCCUUAG